AAAGCGUUGUUAAUAACUUCCAUGUCCUGUUAUACGCGCUUUCAACGAAAAUGUAAAUGUGAAAACUUCAGAUGCAGUUAAUUUUGUUAAAUAAAAUGUAUUUACCAAAGUAAAUGUGUUAAAUUAUUAAUAUAUAUAUGUGUGAAGUGAUAAGUGUAACUGUAUAUGCAUGAAAUAGCAUCAACAUAAACAAACGAAAAGAACAUCAACGCAAAUCUGCAGGUUCGCUUGCAUGCAUGUUCAUGUUACCAUUACUGCAGCUACCUUUGAGUGCCUAGAUUUUCAAUAACCACCCAUUACUAACAUUAGAAAUAUUAUCCUUCUAUCACACUUGAUUAGCGAUAAUGCCGUAAAGAAUAUUAACAUAAACAGUAUAAAUUAAACUCGCCUAGACUUCUUCGCUUGCACUACCUUGUUCAAAUGUUAAAGAUCGACGUUUUAAAUAUGCAAAUUGAUUUUUAAACAUAAAGGCAAAGUAGCUAACGCAAAUCGCACAGUUUCUUAUUGUACUUUGUGCCGCUCAGACAUUCAUUGCUACUGCGCAUGAGUAAUGGCGUUGCAGCCUCUCUUAGUCGCAGCUAUUCUACUACUCUGUUGUGACCUUGAUCGGGCAGCUGACUGCGAAUUCGGCGAUCGUCAGUUUACUAUUGGUGAAAGCUUCGAGAAUCCUGGCGAAUGCGCGAUUUACCAUUGUGAUGCUGAAGGCAGCAUAUCAGCGAAGAGCUGCGCAGAGUCCCUGCCACCGCCGAACUGCAAGACGAUACCACAAGAUAACAGCAAACCCUAUCCAGAUUGUUGUAAACGACACGAUUGCUAAAUGAGUCUAGUGGGCAUUUAAGAUAAGGAAAUUCUUUAAAAAAUAUGUUAAUUUAAAAAGAUUUAUGUUUAUAUAUGUUAAAUAAUUAGCACUUAAAAUAUCAAGGAAUAAAACCGAACAUAACCUUUAAA